AUGCCACGUAAGCUACGUAAGAAUAUACGUAAGAGGAAGAGAGCAUUGAAACAUCCAAUAGUAAAACUGACACCACAACAACAGUUGCAACAACAAAUGCUGAAUGACCCCACUAUGUUGCAACAAAUGUCAAGCAAUCCUAUGCUUUUAAACCGAGUUGUUGGUGCACAGAGUGGAGGUUUAAGAGCGGCACUUUUAGCGAAAAUGGCAGGCUAUGGUGGAGCUGCAGACGGAACAGCCUAUAACCCUCAAAGUCAAAUGAAUUUGAGUUCACUCAAAAAUCAAAUAUCAGAUGUCAAAAAGUCAAACAUAGACAUACAGAAACAAAUAAGUGAAAACGAAAAGAAACUAGAAUAUGACAGACACACAAAGAAACUCAAUGAGUUAAACGUAGAGAAAAAGAAGAAAGAAGAACAACUGAAAGAACUAAGUACAGAGGAAUAUGCGAAAAAAGUGUCAGAAAAAGCAACAGAAGUAGCAAAAAUGGAACAAGAUGUCAUAAAUUUGAAAAACCAUACUACUCAAUAUAAAAUACUGAAAGAUGAAGAGAUAAAACAAAAAGCCCUGAAGACAUAUAUGGAUAGCGAUGAGUAUAAAAAAGAAGUUGAAGCAAAUGUAAAGGCAGAAAAACUUUUACAGUUGCAAAACCAAACCGUACAGUAUGAAAACUUAGCACAAGAAAGUAAAAAUAACGACGCGGCUAUGCAAAAGGCAAUGAAAAGCGCAGAAUAUAUAAAAGCUAACAAUGACUGGUUAGAUGCCCAAGCCAACGCUAAAGCAGCCCAACUCAUAGGGUCAAUAAGGACAAAAAUACAAGCGGAUGAAGACAGUUCAAAUGAAGCUUUAAUGAAUGCUGACUUUAAGAAUGCCUUCGAAGCUCUUCAUAGUAAGGUGAAACAAGUGAACGACUUCUCAUCUGGAAAGAAACUGAAGUCUGAAGGUUUCGACAACGAGUUAAGAGAAGUAGCACAAAAUAUGACGAAAAUAACAGAUGCAGCAACGAGACAGGCAGUUCAAAGUGCCUAUGACGCCGUUAGAGCAACUGUUGUGGAAAGUCAAGAAAAAGAGUUACAACAGACCAAAACAGACCUAGUAAAUGCUUUCUUAAGAACGAAAAGUCAGGUAGGACAUUACGCUGCAGAUGGAACAUAUGUGCCAGCUGGUGGAACUUAUAUACCACCAAACCCUCCAAGAGAAGCACCUGCACCAGGACUACCUAAAACAUUUACAUCGUCACAUGGACACAGACACAGGCAUGCACCACAACAACAACCAACACAACAACCAGCACAACAACCAACAGUUCAAAAUCCAGCACAACAACCACCUCCACAACCAGCACAACAACCAACAGUUCAAAACCCUGCACAACAACAACCACAAACAGAACAAGGACAUAAAAGAAGUAGAGAACAAGGAAACCAAGAAUUCUUAAAAAUGCUUAAAGAAGAGUGUGGUUUCCCAGAUACUGUUGACUUUAGUGACAGAUAUAAAGAAGCUAUUGGAAAGUUCAAG